AUGUCUGUUGGUGCCAUUGGAGGCUUCCUUGGCACAGGGCUUGGCUUCGCCUCGCCGACUCGACCCUGCGCCGCCCUGUCCGACUCUGUUAACUUUCAACAAAGCAAAUCGGCUGUGAGAUUGAAGGAGGACAUGAAAAAGAUAGCCGCACUCCCACUGAACAAGCAGAGGGACACGACCGCUCCAAAGGUGUUUGGUGUGAGUCUUCUGGAGCUCCAGCAGCAGGGACUGAGCAAGAACGGCAUCCCAAUAGUUGUGUGGAAUAUAGUUGAGUACCUCACCCAGCAUGGUAUGACGCAGGAAGGCCUCUUCAGGGUAAAUGGCAGCAUGAAAAUGGUAGAACAGUUGCGUCUGCAGUAUGAGCGUGGAGAAGAGGUGGAACUUGUUAAAGAUGGUGAUGUGUACUCAGCAGCCAGUCUGUUGAAAUUAUUUUUGAGAGAGUUACCAGAUGGGAUUAUCACCUCUGCCUUACAUCCCAGGUUCAUUCAGCUUUACCAGGACACUAGAAACGACAUGCAGAAGGAAAGUAACUUGAAAGAACUCCUUAAAGAACUGCCUGAUGCUCAUUACUGCCUGCUGAAGUAUCUGUGCCAGUUCCUGGUAAAGGUUGCUGAACAUCAUGUAGAGAACAGGAUGAACCUUUGCAAUCUUGCCACUGUAUUUGGACCAAACUGCUUUCACGUGCCCUCUGGAUUUGAAGGUAUAAAAGAACAGGAGAUCUGCAACAAGAUAAUGACAAAAAUGCUGGAAAAUUACAAUACCUUGUUUGAACUAGAAGGUUUGAAGAAGGAUGAAGAAAAGCCCAUGCGUGAAGAGCUAGCAAGAAUUAUUUUGGUAAGAAUGACAAAGUCUGCAAUGGAGGGAUCCAGCCAAACGUGCCUAGUGCCACAACCAAGCCUGUCAGAUGGAAUACCUCAGCUCAGCCUCCGAUUAACAGACGGUGGUUCAUGUUGGAAAGAGAUGGAUUUAACAGAUGAAAUCUCCUUCAUUAACAGUGAUGCGUUUUGCUCCAGCUCCCAAGAAGAUGAGCGGCCUAUGUCACCCUUCUAUGUGAGGACUCGGCUUGGCCAGGUUGAAUCUGGCCUUCCUGCUACAGGAGAGUAUUUAGAGAAGACAAUCCGCUCAGCCGUGGAGCAGCAUCUCUUUGAUGUUCAUGGCUCAGGCGGCCAGAGUUCAGAGGACUCUGAAUCGGGAACAUCUUCAGCCUCUUCUAAUGUGUCUGCCAGGCAGAGGAGGCGACAGCACAAAGAGCAGGAGGAAGCCCGGAGAAACAGAGACAUGGAAGUUGUCAACAAAGAAAACAUUCCCUCUGGAUUCAGCAAUCUUGAAGACUGUAUUCUAGCUGCUCAAGAAGUAGAAAAAUUACAAGACAACAGCUCCGGAUAUCUUAGUGAAAGGAAUAAACCAAAACGGCAGAAAUCCAGCACCAAGCUUUCCGAGCUUAAUGACAACCAGGACAGUCCUGUGAGUAUGGAAAGCUUUAGCUCAUCCAGGCCUAUAGACAGAACAGGACCUGAUGACAUGGAAAUUUUAUCUGAAGAAAGCAAAGAAAGUGAAAACGAUGAGGUUUUUUUCAAGCACUCUCAGCUGACUUCAGGUAUGAAGAUUCAAGAGCAUCCAAGCAUUCCUGAAAACAAGCUGCAAAGAAAUCAAGAUGCUGAUGAUCAGGAAAACAGCUUUGUGUCAGAAGUGCCUCGGCUGGAUUUGACAGCGCUAUGUGAUGACAACAACUGGGAAGAGCCCAUCCCUGCUCUUUCCUCAUGGCAGCGAGACGGCUUAGACUCAGAUGAGGCUCGCCUUUCCCCGCAGGCCGGUCGCUUAAUUCGCCAGCUUCUGGACGAGGACAGCGAUCCUAUGCUGUCCCCUCGCUUCUAUGCUUAUGGACAGAGCCAACAGUACCUGGAUGAUACAGAAGUGCCUCCUUCCCCUCCCAAUUCUCAUUCCUUCAUGAGGAGGCGGAGUUCAUCUUUGGGAUCUUAUGAAGAUGACAGAGAGGACCUUACCCCUGCGCAACUCACCCGGAGGAUUCAGGGACUGAAAAAAAAGAUCAGGAGAUUUGAGGACAAAUUCGAAGAGGAGCGGAAAUACAGACCUUCCCACAGCGACAAAGCAGCCAACCCUGAAGUGCUCAAAUGGACAAAUGAUUUGGCCAAAUUCCGAAAGCAACUUAAAGAGUCAAAACUGAAGAUAUCUGAGGAAGACCUUGGACCUGUUGUGCGUCAGCGGAGCAACACGCUCCCCAAGAGCUUUGGCUCCCAGCUCGAAAAGGACGACGACAAGAAGCAAGACCUGUCAGAUAAAUCUGCCAAGCCUGCCGUGGAAGCAACCCUUGAUUCUAUCCAGAAGAAGCUUCAAGAAAAACGAACAGAGACAAACCGACCUGAAGAUAUUAAGGACAUGACAAGAGACCAGAUAGCAGCUGAAAAAGUGGCUCUUCAAAAAGCUUUGCUGUAUUACGAAAGCAUUCAUGGCAGACCGGUUACCAAAAAUGAACGACAGGUGAUGAAACCGUUGUAUGACAGGUAUCGCUUGGUCAAGCAGAUCCUCUCCAGAGCCAACACCAUCCCUAUCAUUGGUUCCCCCUCCAGCAAGCGGAGAAGCCCUUUGCUGCAGCCAAUUAUCGAGGGCGAAACAGCUUCCUUCUUCAAGGAGAUAAAGGAGGAAGAGGAGGGGUCCGAGGAGGACAGCAACGUGAAGCCAGAUUUCACAAUUACCAUGAAAACAGAUUUCAACGUGCGUAGCUUCUUGGAUCAACUAGAAGAUGAUGCUGAUGGCUUUGUUUCGCCAGUGGAUGAUAAGAUGCCAUCUAGGAGCAAUCAGGAUAUGGGGCUUUCAAAUCUCCAUGAAGCAUCCAUCCCUGAACUGUUAGAGCAGCUCCAAGAAGUCAGGGAAGAGAAGAAGCGAAUCAGAAAAAAAUUGAGAGACUUUGAAGAUAAUUUUUUCCGACAAAAUGGAAGGAAUGUGCAGAAGGAAGACCGCACUCCUAUGGCUGAAGAAUACAAUGAAUACAAGCAGAUUAAGGCCAAGCUGAGGCUGCUGGAGGUCCUGAUCAGUAAAAGAGAUAUUAGCUCCAAAAUCAUGUAA